GGAACCUCGGCCUAUCCACCCGCCCCGAGGUCGCCAGCUCUCUCACCAGCAUUCGCCGCCUUGGCGAAGGCUACCGGUUGAAGCAGUCGGUGAUGUCUCCCUACGCAGGUUCCAUGUAUCACGGUUCUCCUUUGCUGUUGCUUGUUCUCGGACCUCUCGCUGUCAAAAGAAUUGAAGGGCAACCAGAGCAUCUUCUACUAUGCAGAAUAUCUGCCGAUCAGUGAAGAUUAUGGCCGAGUCAGCUGAUAACAAUGCUGGGAAGAAGCUCAUUUGAAUUGACAUUAGUUCGGAUACUGUUUGCCCGUGGUGCUGUGUAGGCAAAAAGAAUUUAGACAAGGCUAUAGCCACUGCAAAGGAUCAGUUUGAUUUUGAAAUCAAAUGGCAUCCUUUUUUUCUGAAUCCAUCUGCCCCAAAAGAAGGUGUCAACAAGAAAGAGUAUUACCUGAAAAAGUUUGGAUCUCGAUCAGAGAGCAUGGAAGCUUGUAUCCGCGAGGUUUUUAGAGGUAUUGGAUUGGAAUACAACAUGUCUGGUCUCACGGGAAAUACUGUGGAUAGCCACAGGCUUAUAUACUAUGCUGGGACAUGAAGGCUCGAGAAGCAACAAAAACUUGUGGAGGAGCUAUUUAUUGGCUACUUCACCCAGGGAAGAUAUAUUGGUGACAAAGAAUUCCUUGUGGAAGCUGCUGCCAAGGCUGGAGUAGACGGGGCAGCCGAGUUUCUGGAUAAUCCAAAUAAUGGACUGCAAGAGGUAAAUGAGGAGCUCGAACAGUACUCAUCGAACAUUUCUGGGGUUCCGCAUUUCGUGAUAAAUGGGAAGCACAGAUUGAGUGGUGGCCAGCCCCCCGAGGUGUUCCUGCGAGCCUUUGAGAUUAUCGCUAGUGGAAAGUAGAUGAAAUGAAAAUGUCAUCCUUGUGCGUUUACUUAUAAAUAAAUAAA